GUUUUUCUUAAUAUAUAUUUACAUAUGUUAUUAGUAGAUCUUUUUAGAUUGGUGACGUUUGUUAAAUGUGUUGUUUAAAGUAAGUUCUUCAUGUUGUGCAAUUGUCUUUUAGAUUUUUCCAGUGUUUUCAUUUUUAUGUUGGAAAUAAAAUUUCAAUUCAAUUCAAGAAAAUGCUGACUACAUAUUGGAAUUCAAUUUUUACAGGUGCUCCUUACUAGAGAAUUGAAUAUUUACAUGGAGAAAAUUUCAAUUCUUGGUUUCAUUUUAGCUAUUCUCUAUCUCAUAACAACAGAACUUGCAUGUAAUGGUCAUACCCGUAUCGACAACAAUGUUCAAUCUGAACAAAAGGCUCUUAUUGACUUCAAAAGUGGUCUCAAAGAUCCCAACAAUCGGCUUUCAUCAUGGAAAGGAAGCAAUUAUUGCUCAUGGCAAGGAAUUAGUUGCGAAAAUGGCACAGGAUUUGUCAUUUCAAUUGAUCUUCAUAACCCUUAUCCUCGUGAGAAUGUAUAUGAGAAUUGGAGCUCUAUGAACUUAAGUGGAGAAAUUAGUCCUUCAUUGAUAAAACUCAAGUCUUUGAAAUAUCUAGAUUUGAGUUUCAACUCAUUCAAAGCCAUGCCAGUUCCUCAAUUCUUUGGGUCUCUGGAGAAUUUAAUAUAUCUAAACUUAUCAGGUGCUGGGUUUAGUGGAUCAAUUCCUUCAAAUUUAAGGAAUCUUUCUAGCUUGCAAUAUCUCGAUCUUUCUAGCUUGCAAUAUGUCGAUCUUUCUUCUGAGUAUCUUUACGAUAUUGAUUCAGAGUAUCUUGACUAUAUUUAUUCUGAACAUUUUAAUAAUUUAUUUGUUGAAAAUAUUGAAUGGAUGACUGGCCUUGUUUCCUUGAAGUAUCUUGGUAUGAAUUAUGUUAACCUUUCAUUGGUAGGAAGUCGGUGGGUUGAGGUGGCAAACAAGCUUCCAAGUUUAACUGAGUUGCAUCUAGGUGGUUGUGGCCUCUUUGGCUCAUUUCCAUCUCCAAGCUUUAUUAAUUUUUCUUCACUUGCUGUUAUAGCUAUCAACUCCAACGACUUCAAUUCCAAGUUUCCUGACUGGCUUUUAAAUGUCAGCAACCUUGUAUCCAUUGAUAUAAGUGACAAUAAAUUAUAUGGGAGAAUUCCACUUGGUCUUGGUGAGCUACCCAAUUUGCAAUACUUAGAUCUAUCUUCUUCGAUUUAUCUAUUUUCAGAUUUCCAUCUCAGGGGCAGUAUCUCUCAACUGUUGAGGAAGAGUUGGAAAAAGAUAGAAGUUCUAAAGUUGGAUGGAAAUGAAUUACAUGGUUCAAUUCCAAGCUCCAUUGGAAACUUUUGCAACUUAAAAUAUCUGGAUUUGAGUUUUAAUCUCUUGAAUGGAAGUUUACCUGAGAUUAUCAAAGGACUUGAAACCUGCAGUUCUAAAAGUCCUUUGCCUAAUUUGACAAAAUUGUCCUUGUACAACAAUCAAUUGAUGGGAAAAUUGCCGAAUUGGUUGGGUGAGCUUAAAAAUCUCAAGGCACUCGAUUUAUCCAAUAACAAAUUUGAAGGUCCCAUCCCUGCUUCUUUGGGGACAUUGCAACACUUGGAGUUUCUGUAUCUUCUGGAGAAUGAGCUGAAUGGAAGUCUCCCAGAUAGUAUUGGACAACUUUCUCAAGUGCAACACUUGAUUGUUUAUUCCAAUCAUUUGAGUGGAAGUCUCCCAGAUAGUAUUGGACAACUUUCUCAACUGGAACAAUUGGAUGUUUCUUCCAAUCAUUUGAGUGGAAGUCUCCCGGAUAGUAUUGGACAACUUUCUCAACUGCAAGGCUUGCAGGUUUCUUCCAAUCAUUUGAGUGGAAGUCUCCCGGAUAGUAUUGGACAACUUUCUCAACUGCAAGGCUUGCACGUUUCUUCCAAUCAUUUGAGUGGAAGUCUCCCGGAUAGUAUUGGACAACUUUCUCAACUGGAACAAUUGGAUGUUUCUUCCAAUCAUUUGAGUGGAAGUCUCUCUGAACAACAUUUUUUGAAGCUGAGUAAGUUGGAGUAUCUAUAUAUGGGCUCCAAUUCUUUCCAUUUAAAUGUUAGUCCUAAUUGGGUUCCCCUUUUCCAGGUGGAUGAACUUGAUAUGUGUUCAUGCCACUUGGGUCCUUCAUUUCCGGCUUGGCUUCAAUCUCAAAAGAACCUCAACUUUCUUGAUUUCUCAAAUGGCAGCAUUUCAAGUCCUAUUCCAAACUGGUUUGGGAAUAUUUCUUUGAAUCUGCAACGGUUGAAUCUUUCUCACAAUCAGUUACAAGGUCAGCUACCAAAUUCAUUAAAUUUUUAUGGUUUAUCAGAGAUUGAUUUCAGUUCCAACCUCUUUAAAGGACCUAUUCCUUUUUCAAUCAAAGGGGUCGAUAUUCUAGAUCUCUCCUAUAAUAAAUUUUAUGGCUUUUUUCCAUCGAGUAGAGGUGAAUCCGUGUCAAGCUUGUCUUAUCUUUCUCUUUCAAGUAAUCAAAUAACAGGGGCCAUCCCAUCAAACAUAGGUGAAUUCCUACCCAGCUUGCAGUUCCUUUCUCUUUCGGGUAAUCGAAUAACAGGGACCAUCCCAGAUUCCAUAGGACGCAUCACCAAUCUUGAAGUCAUUGAUUUUUCAAGGAAUAAUUUGACUGGAAGCAUUCCUUCUACCAUAAAUAAUUGCUCUAACCUUUUUGUGUUAGACCUUGGAAACAACAAUCUGUUUGGGAUAAUACCGAAGUCGUUGGGCCAGUUACAAUCGCUCCAAUCACUGCACUUGAACCACAACGAGCUUUCAGGAGAGCUCCCCUCAUCUUUCCAAAAUUUAACAGGCUUGGAAGUUCUUGAUCUUAGUUACAACAAAUUGUUGGGUGAGGUUCCUGCAUGGAUUGGAGUUGCUUUCGUAAAUCUGGUAAUACUCAACUUGAGGUCGAAUGUGUUUUGUGGAAGACUUCCCUCCCAGCUUUCAAAUUUAAGCUCCCUGCAUGUCUUAGACAUUGCACAAAACAAUCUGAUGGGUAAAAUUCCAAUCACUUUGGUUGAGCUUAAAGCCAUGGCUCAAGAGCAUAACAUGAUCAAUAUAUAUCCUUCGUUUCAAAAAGAGGGACUCUCCUGGUAUGAAGAACUAUUGGUUGUGAUUACCAAAGGCCAAAGUCUUGAAUAUACCAGGACUCUUUCUCUUGUUGUAGGCAUUGACCUAUCCAACAAUAAUUUAAGUGGAGAGUUUCCCCAAGAAAUAACAAAAUUGUUUGGUUUGGUGGUUUUGAACUUGUCGAGGAAUCACAUUACUGGCCAAAUUCCUGAAAGCAUUUCAAUGUUGCGACAAUUGUUAUCUCUUGAUUUGUCAAGCAAUAAGCUUUCCGACAGCAUUCCUUCAAGCAUGGCCUCAUUAUCAUUCUUGAGUUAUUUGAAUCUAUCAAAUAACAAUUUCUCUGGUAAGAUCCCCUUUACAGGGCAAAUGACAACCUUCACCGAGCUGGCCUUUGUGGGAAACCCUGAUCUAUGUGGAGCUCCAUUGGCCACAAAAUGCCAGGAUGAAGAUCCAAAUAAAAGGCAAAGUGUUGUUAGUGACAAAAAUGAUGGUGGCUAUGUUGAUCAAUGGUUUUACUUGAGCGUUGGCUUGGGAUUUGCCAUGGGCAUCCUAGUUCCAUUUUUUGUUUUGGCAACAAGGAAAUCUUGGUGUGAGGCCUAUUUUGAUUUUGUGGAUGAGAUUGUCAGAUGGUUGUUGAGAGGAAGAGCAACCUAUGCCAAAAAUCAUCCUAGAAGGCGAUAAAUUUUAUUUGUAGAUCUUUCUAUGCUUUAUGUAUCAUUAUAAGCUUUGGAAGUGAAUUUCAUCACAGUUGCAAUAGAAGAAAAGACUUAGCUUUUAAUUUA